AUGCUGAACGGUAAUGAACUUUGCAGAAAAUAUGAUUUCAGAGGAUUUCUGGCGACAUUACUUCGUGACUGUCCCGCCUUUGGUAUCUACUUUGCCUCGUACGAGUACAUGGCACGGCAAAUGAGUAAAGACGGUCAGAUGGAAUCACUGACUGGUCCUCAACUGCUCCUGGCUGGAGGUGGCGCCGGUAUGCUGUCGUGGCUAUUCAACUAUCCAACGGAUGUCAUAAAAACUCGCUUUCAAGCUGCAAAUUAUUCCAGCUACAUGCAUUGUAUACGGAGUACAUAUCGAGAGGGCGGAUUACGGGUCUUCUUCACCGGUCUCGGCUCCACUUUAUUACGAGCCUUCCCAUCAAAUGCUGCCACCUUUUUCACUGUCGAAUGGACGUAUCGUCUACUGCUUGAUUUCCAUUUAGUCGAAGUUGGAUCACCUGCUGAACAUCGUCUGCAGGUAGAUGAACACUCCGUUGCAGAACGCCUACGUCGCGUUUUGCCACUUGCAUGCUUACGAUCAGUUUAUGCAAGUGACAUUCACAAGCGUCAUAUCACCCUAUCCGAUUUCUGGCAUGCCAAUAGCAUCCUACUGUUGCCUGAGGCCGGCUCAACGUCCAUCGAUCCUAUGCUCCAUGGAUGUCGUUUUCUGUAG